AUGUUUGCCAGCCUCAGCGCCACCCCAAAUCACCCCAAAUCGCCGAGAGCUCCGCGGAGGCACCGCCACUGGCGUGCCAAGAGCCGCUUCCUGUGCGCUGGGCGCUGCAUAACGGGUGGCGAGGGUGAAUGCCCCAUUGCUGCGCUCGGGGGUGUCUCGGGCGCGUCCGUGGCGACCUGGAUCUGUCUCCUGCUGCCCUCGCUGCUGUACUUUGGCAUCGCCCUGCCGCACUUGUACCAGUCCUGGGCCUCUCGGCCCCCGGCGCUCUUCCCGGCCUCCCUGUUGCUCUUCGCAUCGACAGUUGCCCUGCUGCUGGCCACCUGCUGCAGCGAUCCUGGGAUCAUUCCUCCGAGGCAGCUCAUCGUCGCCACAGGCCGCCGCGAGCAUCUCAGGGACCUUUUGGGCCACGACCUGCUGGGCGGCCAGGAGCCUUGCGGCGACCCCUACGAGGACGCGUUGCGAAUGGUCUCAGAUCAGCUGAGGCAGCAGGGCUACAGGUGGUGCCACACCUGCAAGAUCGUCCGGCCCCCACGGGCGUCGCAUUGCAAAGACUGCGACCACUGUGUGCUUCGUUUCGAUCACCAUUGCCCCUUCGUCAAUAACUGCAUCGGGCAGAGGAACUACCACUUCUUCAUCGGCUUCACCACGAGUGCCAUGCUUUUCGCCUUCGUGGCGCUGCCGGCGAUCCUGUGGACUUUCUCCAAGCCGAACGAUUCGGACGACUCCGUAACCGAAGCGGCUUUGCCUUGGUAUCGAUUGAUUGUUUUAGUGAGCUGCGGUGUGGUGGCCGUGUGUGCUGCCCUUUUAGUCUUGCUGUGGCUCUAUCACUUGUUUCUGGCCUUCUCCGGAAAGACCACCAAGGAGCACCGGCGGCGUUUGGACGUCCGCAGCGAGCCGACGUUCUUCGCAGCCCGGGGUCCAGCACUUGUCGACCCCAACGACUGGGUCGAUGAGGCAGCGCUCUUUGCGCAGAGCAGCUAG